AUGCCGGCUCUGGUGGAAGCCAAGCGUCCUCCUCCUCCUCCUCGGGGAGCGCGCUCGCCCAGCCAGGAGCGAGCAGCCGGCGGGAGGAUGCUGCAAACGGCGGCGGAGCCGAGCUGGGCAGGCAUGAAGCGGCCGCUGAGCCCCGCGCGCAGCCCCGAGCCCGGGCUCCGGGCGGCCGAGCCGGCGGGCUGCCCGCCCGAGCAGCGCUCCAAGCGCGAGAGGAAGCAGCAGUCGUUCACGCUCUGCGAGGUCUGCAACAUCCAGCUCAACUCGGCCGCCCAGGCGCAGGUCCACUACAACGGCAAGUCCCACCAGAAGCGCCUCAAGCAGCUCGACAAGGGCAAGGCGCUGGCGGCGCAAGGCCCGUCCGGACACAGCAGCCCCCUCUUAGCUUCGCUGCCGAUCCCCGGGCGUCCCCUGCACCCCCCCUUGGACAUCAAGCACUUUCUGACCUUCAGGCUCAACGGGACGUCGCCGCUCAACCUCUUCCCCAACUUCAACGCGAUGGACCCGGUGCAGAAGGCGGUGAUCAGCCACACCUUCGGCGUGCCCGCCCCGCUCAAGAAGAAGCAGUUCAUCUCCUGCAACAUCUGCCACCUGCGCUUCAACUCGGCGAACCAGGCGGAAGCCCACUACAAGGGCCACAAGCACGCCCGGCGGCUGAAGGCCAUUGAGGCCAUGAAGAGCAAGCAGAAAACGGCGGCGGCGGCGGCCGGCGGCCGGGACAAGCCGGGCGACUUGCCCGCGGCGCUGGAGGGCGGCGGGGACGGCGGCGGCGCAGCUCCCGCCGGCAGCCCCGAGGACGCCGAGGGCGAGAGCAGCGGCCCGGGGCUGCCGGCACCCAGCCCGGAGGCGUCCCCGGGCCCCGUCCCCCCGCCGGGCUCCCCGCCGGGCUCGGAGCCGUCGGAGGGCGGCUCGGACGCCGCCAGCGUGGCCUCGUCCUCAGCCGCGCCGGGCGCCGAGGGGCGGGCGGCCGAGCCGGGCGGCAGCGCCGCCGCGGCGCCCGACGCCGAGAGGGACGGCAGGAGGAGCAGGCAGCACCUCUACUGCCCCACCUGCAAGGUGACCGUCAACUCCCUGUCCCAGCUGGAGGCUCACAACACCGGCGCCAAGCACAAGUCGAUGCUGGAGGGCCACGGCGCCCAGCUGCGGCGAGGCCGCGGCAAGCUCCUCUCCCGGGCAGGGCACAAGGCCAAGAGGAUCGGCAACAAGGGCAGCAUCAGCAUCCAGAAUAAGGCGUUUCACUGCCAGGUCUGCGAGAUCUACGUGAACUCGGAGACCCAGCUCAAGCAGCACAUGAGCAGCCGGCGGCACAAAGACAGGCUGGCGGGGAAGCCGCCCAAGCCGAAGUACAGCCCCUACAACAAGCUGCAGAAGAACGCGGCCCUCGCGGUGAGUUCCAAGCUGGCUUUGCAGAAGCACCUCACCAAGACGCUGGCGACCCGCUUCCUGCCGAGCCCGCUCACCACCGCCGCCGUGUGCGCCGUGCCCGGGCCCCUCGCCUUGCGACCCGCCGCCGCCGCCGCCACCACCCUCUUCCAAGCGCCCAUCCUCGGACCAGCCCUUUUCCGGACGCCGCCGGCCCACGUCCGCGCCACGCCGGGCCCCAUCGUCUUCGCGCCCUACUAGGGCCGCCGGCCGCGGCGCCGCGCUCCCGGCCGCGCCGCUGCUCUGGCCGGCGGGGAAACGUAGUCGUAGGCGCGCACCCAGGCUCCCCCCCCGCUUCGAGCGGGCUCCGGCCGCGCGGGGCUCCGGCGGCCCCUUCCCUCCGCCCCGGGAGCCCGCGGCGCGGGUGGAAAGCGGCGU